AAACAACAACAACAACAAAAACGUAUCGAUUCGGGUAUAUCAUCGGCAUCAUCAUCAUCAUCGACAAUGGUUUCAUCAAUCGAUUCAUCAUCGACAACAAUAACAACAGCAACAUUGCGAAAUGAUGAUAAUAGUGAUGAUGAUGAUGAUGAUAAUGAUAUGAAUAAUAAAAAUAAAAUGAUAAAAAAUUCUGAAAUGUUAUGUUCAUUAUUAGAAAUGAUGAAAAUGUCAUCAACCGAAGAAUUUGCUAAAAAAUUAUGUUUCAUGUCUGAAUCACCAUUAUUAUGUCAAGAGAUGCGUAAUUGUGGUUAUGUACCGAUGUUAAUACGACUAAUACAUCAACAAACAAUGGAUGAUCAUGAUGAUUUUAAUCUUGAACAAUUACAACAACAACAACAAUCACGUGUACAUCGUAAUCUUAUACAAGCAUUAAAUAAUAUUGUACAACAUACAAAACGUAAUCGUAAAGAAUUAAAAAUAUUAAAAAUACUUGAAGAUCUUAAAGCAUUUGUUGAAAUUUUAUUGAAAAAAUUUUUAGAAAAUCAACCGGAUUCAACACCCGAAUCGGUUGAUCAUCCAUGUAAUUUAAUUAUUGAUCUAUAUAAAAUGUGUAGCGAACAACAAUCAAUUGAAUUUAUUGAAUAUUUUGGUGGUGUUUUUGUUAUUUCCGAAGUAAUUAAAAUCGAUUAUAAAUGUCAUGGUGAUUCACAUAAUGAAGAUUGUUAUAAAAUACGUUUAUAUUCAUUAAUGAUAUUGACACAUGUUACAUUUAAUAAUCCACAAGUAAAAUCAUUAUUAGGAUCGAAAAAAUCUUUUCUAAUUGUUUUAAUUGAAUUACUUCGUAUAUCAUCGAAUGAAGAUCUUAUACAAGCAAUUGCAAAAGUAAUACAGAAUCUAAGCUGGGAUACUAAUUAUAUUAGUAUGCAAACAAUGCGUGAUGUUAAAACUGUAACUCAUCUGACUAAUUCAAUGCUGAUUGUGAAAAAAGAAUCAACAAUAAAAUGUUUAUUAGCAGCAUUGGGUAAUCUUACAGCUUCAUCACCACAGAAUAAAGCUGAUUUUUGUCGUGUUAAUGGUGGUUUAGAAUUUUUAAUUAAAUCAAUGAAAAUUACAUCCAAUGAUAAUGAUUCGAUAAGAAAAAAUACAUCUCCAGAUAAUAAUAAUUCAUGUAAAAAUACUGAUAAUAAUGAUAAUAAAAUUAGUAAACUAUCCAUAUCGGUUGUUGAGGCAAGUGGUCGUAUUCUUCGUAACAUAUCAUCAUAUCUGGCAACAGAGGAAAAAUAUCGACAAAUAUUACGUGAACAUAAUGUUAUAUUAAUGUUAUUAAAUCAUUUAGAAUCAUCAUCAUUAGAUGUUGUUAGUAAUGCCUGUGUUAUAUUAUCAAAUCUAUCUGUAUUCACUGUAUUGACAGAAGAAUCAAGCCGUGAUCAAAUACUAAUGAUCGAAUCAAAUGCUAUAACAAAAUUGGCAAAAUUAAUACAUUCAAAACAUCGUACAAUACGUGAAGGAGCAAUGGCAACAUAUAAACAUUUAGUUACAUCACAUGCAUAUCUGAUACAUUCAUCAUUCAAUAAUGAUGGACAACAACAACAACAACAAAAUCAAACAAAUAAUCAUCAUCAAAGAUUAUCAACAUCAUUAUCAAUUUCAUCGUUUCCGAUGAGAAAAAUGAAAGCAAUUAAAAAUGAAAUUGCAAAUCUAUCAACAUUGAAUAAUUUGAAUAAUAAUAAUAAUGAUGAAAUUAUACCAAUCGAUCUGAGUAAAUCAUUUAAUUUUGGCUCAUCAAAUCAUAAUCGUUCAAGAUUUUCACGUUCAACAAGUCAUGAUAGUAUACGACGAAAUAUUAAUAAUAAUGGUCAAACAAUUAUUAUGACUAAAUCAACACCAGAUUCAUCAUUUGUAUCAGCUUCAUAUCAACAUCAACAUCAUCAUCUACAACAACAAUCCAAUAAUAAUAAAUCAAAUCGAUCAUCAUUAGGUAAUGUUAAUCGAAAAUCAACAAUCACAACAAGAAUUACCUGUGAUAAUAAUAAUCAUUCUUCGAUCAUUUCUGAUGGUAUUUCUUCUGAUUAUGAUAUCUAUUCAGGAGAUUCAAAGUGCCAAAUUCCUAUCAAUAAUCAAACAUUAGGUAAUAAUAAUAAUAAUAAUAGCCAUAAAGCAUUUAUUCAUCAAGAUGAAACAUCAGAAAUUAUUGAUGAUGAUAAUGAUGAACUUGAUUAUACAACCGAUUUUAGUGAACGAUAUAAAGAUGAUGAAGAUGGACAUGAAUUGAGUGGUCGACAUCAUCAUCAUCAUCAUCAUUCGCAUCGUAAUAGAAGUGGAGGUGGAAAACCAACAUCCGAAUCUGUUGGUGAAGAUUCAGUAAAAAUCUACGAAACUGAAGGUACACCAUUAGCGUUCAGUCUUGCACCAUCAUUAUCCGAUUUACAUGAUAUUGAUCUGAAAUCAAUCUAUGAAGAUGAACGUGAAAAUGAAGAUCAUUUAAAGAAAACAAAACCAAAAUUAUCUUCAAAAGUUUCGAAUACUAGUCUUGAAAAUAAUGUUGAUAAAACUUCGAAAAAUACACCGAAUAAUCUAUCACCAAUAAAUCUAACAUCUACAAUAAAAUUGAAUCGUAAUGUAUCAAGAAUUUCAUCCAAAUCAAUCGAUGAAUCAAAUAAAAAGCCUAUUUUGCCACCGAAACCAUCAUCAUCAACAACAACAACAACUAAUGAUGUUAUUGAUCGAAUAAUAAGAACGGAUAAAAACAAUAAUAAUACUCGAUGGAAUAAUGAUACAAAAUCAACUAAUGAAAAUGAUCAUAAAACUACUGAUGCUGAAUAUUUCAAUCAAGAUUCGGCAAUUAAAUUCGAAACCGAAGAUACUCCAGCCAUAUUUUCACAUGCUACAAGUCUUAGUUCUUUGAAUGUUGAUGAUAAUGAUGAUGAUGAUAAUAAUCAAGAUCAUUCAUCGAUUGUUGAACAAACGACAAUCAAUGUUUCGAUUACAUCAAAUGUUGAACAAUCGAUUGGUGACGACGACGAUGAUGAUGUUACAGUGAUGAAAUCAAAUGAUAAUGAUAAAGAUGAUAAACAAAUGGUGAAUAAAUGUAAUGAAAAUAUUGUCAAAGAAAAAUUUAAAGAAAAUCAUUGUGAUGAUGAUUUUUCAAGAAAAAAAGAUAGCCAUGACCAACAACAACAGCAAUCAUCAUCAUCAAUUACUGUGAAAAAUGAAACAAUCAAGAAAUCUGUAUCCGAAGAUGAUGAUGAUGAUGAAGAUGAACAAAUUUUGAAGAAAUGUAUUGAAUUUGCAUUACCAACCAAAAAGAAAUCGAUAAAAUCAUCAUCAUCUUCUUCAUCAUCUUCAACGCCAAAAAAUUCUUCAAUUACCGAUACUAAUAAUCGAAGACCAUUAUAUAAUCAACAGAAUAAUCAUCAUAAAUCACCACGUACAAAUAAUAAUAAUAAUAAUAAUAAACAACAUUCGUCAUCAGUAAUGACGAAAAAUUCUUCACAAAUAUCGAUCAUGACGAUGAAUCAUCAGAACAAUAGCAACGUCAUUGGUCAGCAAUCAAUUUCAUCGCAACAACAAUCACCAUUAUUGCGUAAAUCAUUGUCAAAACCAAUGAUUGAUGUACCAUCAUCGGGUGCACAAUCAGUUGGUGCUAUUGGUGAUCAACGUCGACAAUUCUUUGUUGAAGAUACACCGAUACAAUUUUCUGAAUGUCAUUCAUCAUUAUCAUCACUUUCAUUCGAUUCGGAUAAUGGUAUUGGUAAUACUAGUAAUAAUACCGCUACAGAUUCAACUACGAUUGCACCAAAUUCGGACAAUAACAGCAACAACAACAACAAUAAUAAUAAUAAUCGCGAAGAAAGUAAUCAACCACACCCGCCACCAUCAACAGAAUCAAAAACGACCAAACCAACUAUUACUGUUGAUGAUGAUGUUGAUGAUUAUCAAUUAUUAGAUGCUGUUAUUAAUCUUGGUAUCAAUUCAAAUGUCAACACUUCAUCAUCGGCAUCAUCUGGACAGAAUCAUACAGGAAACAUAAAUAAAACAACUGGAAUACGUUCAUCGUCUGUUGUUUCAACAUCAUCAUCGAUGUCGCAUCGACAACGAAAUCUUGCAAAUGUUGCCAAGACAACCAAAAUACAGUCACAACAACAACAACAACAGCAGGACAGUAACCAGAAUGUUUUGGGUUCGUUGCCGAAAAUUCAUCAUAAUAAUGUGGAUAACAAUUUUAGACAAACCUCAUCAAAUUCCGGACCAAUAAACAAUAAUCGUUCAAGCCGAUCAAUGGAUCGUCAUUAUCAUCAUCAUCAGCAUCAUCAUCAUCACGAUGAUAAUUUUGAUGAUGAUGAAAAAACCUAUAUAAUCUGUACACAAGUAUCACGCGAAUCAUCAUCACCAGCAGCAACAACAUAUCCACAAAGACAAUCAGCCGAUGGUCAAUCAUCAAAUCAAUGUCAAUCGAACGUAAAAAAUUCGCCAAGAAAACCAAAACGUGAUAAUACUGCUACAAAUCGUACUAGCCCAGCAAAUCAUCAUAAGAAUGUAUCGAAAAUUAUUCCAAUACCAACUACACGUACAACAAUUUUGAAUAAAAAUAAUCAACACCAACAACAAUUACAACCAACGGUAAUCAAUGGUAAUGGUGAUCAUUCCGAUACAGGUUCAUUUGAUGAUCGUAGUGCACAUAGUUUGUUGGAUAAUACAAAACCACCAUCAAUUAUUGAUCAUCAUUCAUUAAUGUCACAAAGUUCGGCUAGUAGUAUUGAUUCUGAAAUAUCGGAUAUUGGUAUCGAUAAUAUACCAUUACGUAAAUCAAAUAGUCAAGAUUUAUUAGUUGCAAAAGCUGCUUCGAAUUGUGCCAAAGAAAUUAAUACAUUAGUUCAAUCAUGUGUUAAUGAUGAUGAUGAUGAUUCUUCGGUUAAAGAUUCAUCAUCAUCGUUAAGUACAGCCGAUGGUUAUCAUCAUCAUCAUCAUCAUAGUAAAUUUUCAUCAAUUAAUGAUAAUCAACAUUCAUUGAUGAAAACUUAUAAUCCAUUACGAAAUGUUCCACAACAAGUAUCGCGUACAUUGCCAAAAAUGAAACCAAUUGCUCAUCAUUCCAAUCAAACAGAACCAAAACAAAAACGAGAAAUUAAUAAAUCAUCCAAGGUAAAUACUGAUGAUGAUGAUGAUGAUGAUGAUGAAAUGGAAAAUGGAUGUGAUCAACGUACAUAUAAUAAAAAUGAUUUGAAGCGUAACAAAAAUGAUCAACCAAUAGGAUAUAAUUAUUAUGAAUCGGAUCAAUCGGAUACAGAUAUUUCGGAAAUAUUACCAUUAGAUGAUUAUGAUCCGUGUGCAACAAUCAUAUCGAAUAAUUCAACAAAUCCGAUCGAUUCUGUUGAUGGUCAAACAACUACAACAACAACAACAACAAAUGAAUCAAAUACAGCUACGAUUGUAUUGUAUAAUAAACCAAAUAUUGAUCCAAAUCCAUCAAUAAAUGAUCCAUUCUUAGCACAAAUGUUAUCAACAUCACCACAAACAGCAGCAGCAGCAACAGCCAUGAUGAUGAACAAUAAAACAAGAGCAACAAAAUCAUUAUCAUCAUCAUCAUCAACAACAAUGAAACAUUCGAGUCAACCAAAAUCAUCAGCUAGUGUUCAUUCAUUUAGUCAUCACAAUAAUAAUAAUAAUAAUAGUGACGAAUCGUAUGGUGGUCAUCAAUUAGAACGUUUAGAAGAUUUAGAAUCGGAAACACGUUAUCGUCCAAAUAGCCGUAAUCGUAAUAAUAAUAAUACUAAUGAUAGAAUGGAAGAAUUAGAUUUUACCAAUGGUUUUAAUCAACAGUUCAAUUCAUUUAAUCAACAUCAUCAUCAUGAUCGAUCAUUGAAUUUUGUACAAAAUUCACGUUCAUUACAACGUGGACAUAAAUUCAUGAUAAUGAAUAAUAAUACGAAAGCUGAUUUUGAAGAUCGUGAUAUGAUGUUUACAAGUAAACAUCGUAAACAAGUUGUACAAAGUCAUGCCCGAUAUUUUCAAAAUAAAUCAUCAUUAUCAUCAUCAUCAUCAUCAUCGACUGUGAAAACAUCAUCUAAAUAUUUUGAUCGUCAUCCAAUAGUUGGUGCGGAUGCUGAAACAAAUAAUGAAAUAGAUUUACUUUUAGAUAGUCCACCUAGAUUAUCAACUACAUCGACAGCAAACCAUCCCCUUCAUCAUCAUCAUGUUGGCCAUUCACCAUUAUUGUCAAAACAACAACAACAACAACAAUCUAAUAAUGAUAAUCCAACUGUAUCAAUAAAAUCCAAAGAAAAAUCUUUAUUAUCAAAUAUUAAAUCGAAAUUAUUUUCAUCACCAAAACCGAGCAAAAAACAUGAUAAUAAUAAUGUUAAAUCAAAAAUAAAAUUCUGGCCACGUAGUAAAAGUACUCAUGAUAAAUUAGAUCAACAACAAUCGCCAACCAUUGAAACAUUACCCACACCAGCAUUACCAUUGAAUCAAAGACAUUCAUUAAAAACAUCAGCAUCAGUUAGUGGUGGAUCACAGGAAUUUAUUGAUAAGUCAUCCGUUACUGGUUCCAUGUUUGAUCGUCUAAUUCCCACACGAAGAUCAUUGGCAAAUCAUCAUGAAACAAUGAUAAUGAUGAAAACAAAUCUUACACGUAGUACAACAUAUGAUUCAUUACCAAUUAAAGAUGUUGUUGAUGAUGAUAAUUAUCCUAAUCAAUUAUCAAUGAUGAUGAUGAUGAAUCGAUCCAAUCAUAAUAUUUCAACAACAUUGAAAAUGUCACCAAAA